AUACACAGAGCAUCUGCUGCUUCUCUAGACGAAGAAGUCUCUAGAAUCUAAUCGGGCUGUAGUCUGUAGGGCGUAGGGUUACGAUGUUAGAGACGUAAAAAAAAUGGAGACCUUCUAAAGCCAAUCUCCCGUCCCCAAGCUCGCCCCAACCCAAUUUCCCAUCAACAACAGGAGACAUCAAUCUCUCAAAUUUCUUCAAUCCGAUUUGGUGGAGGUGGACUCAUCGUCUCCAAGUCUCAACCCCUGUUUGCUGUUUAUCACUAAGCCGAGUACAUGGUCUUGUGGAUAGAAAUAGCAGAGAAUGUGACCUUAGAGUGGAAUGCAAUGAACUCAUGUUGCAUACCAAAUACAUUGGCGUAGCUAGAAUGAUGAAGAUCUUGUUUCUUGCAUUUGAUCCAAGAGAAGUGGCAUAUUCCUUAAUGACUUGGAAGGUGCGAGCUUCUAAAACUCCUCAGAAUCGCCGAGGACAAGAGUCAUGGUGCAUCCAUACACUUGCUGAUCUGAAUCAUUCUUCUAGUCUCAGCUUUAACGAUGAUUCAGAUGGUCCCCAAGAGUACUAUAUCGGCGGCGAGAAAAGAUACCUCCAGGCGCAUGUUCCUGUCACCAUGGUGGUCUCGGCCGAAAGCGAUGACAACGAGAAGAAUGACCACAAGGACAGGGUACAAAAGACCUUUAGAAACUUGCUUGAAGGUUGCAAUGGAGAUCUUCCCCAUCGAAAAGUCCGAUUACAGUAGGUUGGAAAGAUUUUGUUCUUAUUUGUCCGAGAGAGUUGUUUCUCUUUCUGUAUACAGAAAGGGCAUUACUUUCAUUUUUUCAAAAUAUAACAGUGUUGGCAUGUGAUGGGAUU